AUGGCUAGCAUAGGUGGCAGACAGCAGAGGGGACGUGGUGGACGUUCUAGAGCUACCGGGCGAGUAUACAACAUGUCUCAGCAGGAGGCACAUGCGUCACCUGAUGUGAUCAUAGGUAUAUUACCAGUUUUUGGGAUUCUUGCUAAAGUUUUAAUUGACCCUGGGGAUACGCACUCUUUUGUUGCACAUAGUUUUGCCCACAAUGCUAAUGUGAGAGUUACGGCCUUGUGUGAGGAACUUGCUAUUUCUGUACUCAUGGGAGAUGUCUUUACAGUUGGCGUAGUGUACAGGGGUAACAUGGUUUUGGUAGGGGAUGUAAUUCUGGAGGCAGAUUUAAGUCCUUUAGAUAUGGUGGAUUUGGAUGUUAUUCUGAGUAUGGAUUGGUUAGCUAAGCAUCGUGCUUCGGUCGAUUGUUUUCGGAAGGAGGUCGUACUCCGUAGUCCCAGACAACUUUCUGUGGUGAGCGUAGAGUUCUUCCAACUGCCUCAUAUCAGCUAUGACGGCAAGACGGUUGCUCAGAAAAGGGUGUUUAGGAUACUUGGCUCACGUAAUUGA